GAGUGUUACCCGAUCCCUGCUACUGCGGAUGGCUGCGUCGCGGGCGGUGUAGUUAUUUUUUUUACUAAACUAGGAAGAUAGUGUAUAAAAUUUUCCAAAAUGUGGAUGUACUGAGGAUCGUGUACGCGAGAAACUUGAACGUUCAACUAUCGUUGAAAAGUAGGAAAAAAGUUCGAAGAUCAUGCGUCAGCUGCACGAUUUCGGAGCGCUGGUCGGCUGCUACCUGUUGGGCGUAGCCGUCGUGGUGUUGGCUCAAAACGACAAGACUUACUACGAGACGGCCAAGGAUGACCAGGUAAUGCCCGAUUGGCAGACGCGGGACGCCUUCGACGAGAUCCGCCACAAGUUGGACAAAGUUACCCAGGACAAUUGCCAAAUUCAGCACCUCGAUGAUCUCUACCUGCCAGAGAACAGCGUCAGCCACCUGCCCGACAUCAAGGAGAUCAACAUCAAUCCGAUCUUUCCGAAUCGCACGGCCCUCUUGCAUCUACACAACAUGGCCCUAACCAGAAGCUUCUACUGGAGCUACAUCCUGCAGUCGAGGAACUACAAACCACCGAUAAACGAUACCUACGAUCCGGGAAUGAUGUACUAUUUCCUGUCCACUGUCGCCGAUGUUUCGGCGAACCCGUACAUCAAUGCUUCGGCCAUUUACUUUGCCCCAAACGUGUCCUUUACGUCGUCCUACAGAGGAUUCUUCAACAAGACCAUGCCCAGAUUUGCCCCCAGGACUUUCAGGGCUGAUGAUUUCAACGACCCCGUGCAUUUGGAGAGAAUAUCGACCAUGAAUACGUUUUACACUCAGGACUUGGGUGCUUUUCCGUCAGACCAGCUCAGUAGAGACUAUACAACCGACUACUACAGGACGAACGAGUGGUACAAGAAAUGGCUGCCAGACAAUACAGAAAGACACGACACCAAAAUAACGUACCAGGUGGAAAUCAGAUAUGCAAAUAAUACCAACAUCACUCACACGUUCCAUGGUCCCAAAGGUCCCCAUGAGGAGGGCGGACCUGUGAAAUGGAUAAGACCGUAUUUCGAUUGUGGCCGCUCCAACCGUUGGCUGUUUGCGGCAGUUGUUCCAAUCGUGGACUUGUACCCUCGUUACACGGGCUUCAGGCAUAUCGAAAUCCCCAAGUACACAGCCGUUUCGGUUGUGGAAAUGGAUUUUGAGAGGAUCGAUAUUAACCAAUGUCCACUUGGUGAAGGUAAUAGAGGACCAAAUAAAUUUGCUAAUACCGCUAGAUGUAAAAGGGAGACUACUGAGUGCGAGCCUCUUCAUGGAUGGGGAUUCAGAAGAGGAGGAUACAUGUGUAGAUGUAAGCCAGGGUGGCGACUACCAAACGUAGUGAGACGACCUUAUCUCGGAGAGAUCAUCGAAAGAGCGUCAUAUGAACAGUAUUACAAUGGAUUUGAUUGUUCCAAAAUAGGGUGGAUUCAAAAGAAACCCGCGGAAUUGUCAAAGGUGACAGAUAUCCAGAGAGAGAAAUAUUUGGAAUACUAUCAUGAAUAUAGAAAUUUUUCGGCUGGAGCAGACUCGUUGCACGAUGAAAAAAUGAAUAUAGAUCAAGUUUUAAAAUUUAUCAACAGCGUUAACCCAACUACUUGUAAAAACUACAACAAAGAACAAUUACGACUGCCAGGCGACAUUGCUUUUGGCGUGGAAGAGUUCUACGAGAACGAAGCUAAGAUGGCCUCACGUCUUGCCAACUUUAUUAGCUCGUUCUUACAGGUCUCGGAUCCAGAAGAAGUGUAUUCGGGUACACGCGUCGCCGAUAAGCCUCUUAACGAAGAUCAAAUGAUAGCUGAAGCGGUAGCUCUGCUCUUUGGUAAUCAGAGAAUCUGGUCAGCCGGUAUUUAUUGGGAUCGCAAAAAGUUUACCAAUCGCACGUACUUUGCGCCAUUCGCCUACAAAGAAGAACGUAACGCUUUGAAAUUGAAGGUCGAGGAUUUGGCGCGACUUAACAGUACAGAGGAUCUCUAUACUAAAAACGAAUGGUUCCAACUGCUGAAGAACCGUUGGGCCGCAAAUUACGACGAUCUCGAGAAAUACUUCUUAAAAAUGAUGGUGCGCUACAACGAGACCGGCGAAUCUUUGAAAAAAUACGAACAAUAUCCAACGUACUACAGGGCGGCAAACCUGAACCAUGGCUACUGGACCGUCCCUUACUUCGAUUGUAACGGCAAAGUGAAGAAAUGGUUAAUUACCUAUGCAUCCCCCUUUUUCGGCUGGGACAAACUCAAAAACAAACUGGAAUUCAAGGGUGUCGUAACCGUGACCAUGGACUUGCUACAGCUGGAUAUCAACCAGUGUGACGAUGAAUCCACUGUUUCCAACGCGUUUAAGGGGACACACAAGUGCGACAAAAAAGUCUCAUAUUGCGUUCCGAUAUUGGGUCGAGCAUUCGACAGCGGCGGCUACAAGUGCGAGUGCAAGCAGGGAUUUGAAUAUCCUCUUGAAGAUCUGAUAACGUACUUUGAUGGUCAACUCGUUGAAGCUGAGUUUGGAAAUAUUGUUGAUGACAAAUUGACUAGGUAUGACGUGUACAAAUGCAGAUUAGCGGGUGCUGGCUCUAUGGAAUUCAGCUGGGUACUGCUUCUGCUGACUUUCGUAAAACUAAUUUUCCCUGGCCAUUGGAGAUAAGCAUAGGGAUAUUUUUUUUGGGGGGGGGGGAGUUUUGAACAAAUUUUUUAUCAAAACGUUAUGCUAAAUUGCUGCAAUAUAAUUACGUAGAUUAAGAAUUUUUACAAAAAGUACAAGAAGUAAUUUUUUAAGGAAUCUCAAAGUCAUUUUACAGACUUGCAUGUCCGUCCAAUAUUUUCUUUUACCUUAAUUUUAUACGUGCAUAUUGUUCUAAUAUGCUGUGAAGCGCUCAAACUGCCAGGCAGUUUUUUUUAUGUAGAUAUUUUAAUAUAAAUCACGAGUAUUAUGUAAUCGAGCAAUUUUUACCGUCUUCUUAAAGUAUACUAAUAUAAUGAACGUGCCUCCAAUAAAUCGUAAUUCUAAUCUAAAUAUUUAUAAAAUGAAGUCAGACUUCAUGCAAAUCUACAUUGCCUUUUUAUACAUAUGUAAGCAAGUGCCUUUACCCAAAGCACCAAUACGCAUCGCUCAAUUGGUGAUUAAAUCAUCAAUUUUUAGUGUAUGUACAUUUGUUCAAAGCAAUGUUAAAUUUUAACCUUGAAUCUCAGUGUAGUAUAUAUUUUAUGUUACAAAUAACUAAUCAUCGAUAUUUAAAAAAAAAUUUAAUAUAUCGACGCGAGAUUUUUCAUUUCUUUUUACCAAAGUGUACUCCGUCCAUAGAUGUUUUUUUUUUUUUUUACAUUUUGUAUGGGUUC